UAUCUGCGGUAGCCUUAAAAGGUGGAAAAUGUACUAGUCGUGAGGGGAACGUUAGUUGUAUCAAACGUAACCACGUUCGUGAGUGACGUCACCCUUAAACGUGUUUGUCGUUUAUGUUAGCCUGUAAGACAAGGUUCAGGGUAUAAAGCUUUCCAAAUAUGUCUACUGCACGAUGCAAGCCAGCUUGCUUUGUUUGCUACAUUUUCUUGUCCUAUAAUUGACUACACUAGUCAUAAAAUGUCACACCUUGUCCAUUUGUCAUUACCUCAGUGGGAUGGAGGCUUGAGGAAGAUUCGUUAUAUUUACUUGGUGAAUAAUUCGUCUUUCACUCUCAAAGAGUGGCCACAAAAGGCUGCGGUGGUGGUUCCUCUCUUUUUAGCAGCCGAUCUCUUCUCCAACACCAACAUCAGGCCUGAGAACCAUCCCAGGUGUCAUGCCAAAUACGCCAGGAAGGGACUCGCCACCAAAAUACAUUUUUCUGCAGCCUUCAGGUUCCGUGGCUUGAAGGUCCCCACGUCCAACAACAGCCUUUGGUUCUACAGCAUUCAUGGGCUUUUUCGAGUAGCUUUUGAAAUGUUCACCAAGCAGGAGCAGCUUGGAGUGUUGGAGAACUUCCAGGAUGUUUGGAAGUCUCAGAUCAACGCCAGCCCACUGAAGAUGAGCUACAGCCUCAGCGAGCAGCUGGACGUGCGUUGUGACGCUGACGCCAGGAUGGAUGGUCUGGAGCUGGAGGCCACGAGAGCAAACAUCUCAUCAGAACACGAUCACUGCUAUUUUUCACAGCAAAGGCGGCCGCUUGUGUCAACACUCCGGAGUAAACUGCAGAGCCUGGAUGAUAAACUUUCCUCGGAGGCGGAGAGCUUCACGGAGCAGCAGUUGGAGACCCUGCUGCACUUGUUGCAUCACAUGGAGCGAUGCUUCGACGGGACGUUACAGGAGCAAGACGUGGCCGAAUCGGUGCUGGCGCUCCUUGAGUCCAAAGAAUGGAGCUGCGUUUAUUCUAGCCCCCUGCUCGACACCGUGGCCCGCUGGCUCGGCCGCCAGUUUGGCUCGGCCAACGGCAGUGUGAGCCGUGGCGUGGAGGGCUUCAAAGUGCGACACAUUGACAGGAUCAGCGAGCUGCCGCCCGCCGAGGAAUUGGCUGCCGAGCUUUUCCCCCAGGCCAUGCGGACGCUGCUGCUCCACUGGAUGAGACUGAGCGAGGAGGCGGACGCGGCCAAGCGACGCAGCGAGUAUCCCAUCCUGCUUCUCAUCCUGGAGUUUGCCAACCACAACCUCAUCACCGGGGUGGCUCACGUCCUCUACUCCAGUCUCAUCUGCAAAUAAAUGUCUUUCUGACAGCCAAGCCAGUCAGUCAAAUCUGCUUUUUCCAACACUCAUUUAUUCUGGCAACAUUGGUCCAUCUUCAUCCAUGAUCCCUAAACUUUCUGUGGUAUUUUUCAUCUUUUUGUUUAACAAAAACACCAAUUAACCUAACAUGCACAUUUUUUAAUGACUGUGUGUCUGACAUACUAACCACUCGGCCACCAUGUUGCCUAAAUGUUAGUUGAAAAUAACUCAGUAAAAAUGAACAAUUCAUUCAGUUUUAAAACAUUUUGAGGGCCGCACGGUGGUCUAGUGGUUAGCACGUUGGCCACACAGUCUGUUUGGAGAGGAGGAAGAUCUGGGUUCGAUUCUCCCCUGGGGCAUUUGUGUGUGGAGUACUCCGGGUACGCCGGUUUCCUCCCACAUUCCAAAAACAUUAGGUUAAUUGGCCAUUCUAAAUUGUGUGAAUGGUUGUUUGUCUAUAUGUGCUCUGCCAUUGGCGACCAGUCCAGGGUGUACCCCGCCUCUCGCCGGAAGUCAGCUGAGAUACGCUCCAGCAUACCCCCGUGACCCUAAUGAGGAGUAGCGGUAUAUAAAAUGGAUGGAUAAAACAUUUUGGAUUUUUAGUAAUCAAUGAAAAAUAUUUGAUUAACAUUUUUCAAUGCUGUUUAAACAAUAUUACAAUUUUAAAUUAUUCCUGAAUAUCUGAAUCCAGGCCAGCACUUUUUUUGAAACAUAGAAAACUUUUCCCCUCAACCUUUUUUCUAUUCAGUUAUGGAAGUUCGUUUCCGCCACUGAAAGGAAAAAAUAUCCCAAUGCUAAGUCAUAGUCACAGGGAUAAAAAGUCAAAAUAAUGAUUAAAAAGCCACAAUGAUGAGAUAAAAAGUCAAAAUUACAAAGUCACAAUGAUGACACAAGUCAAACUUAUGAGAAGUCAAAAUUGAGAUUUAAAAAAAAAAAAAAAAAAAAAGAAAAGUCAUACGGUAACUACGAUGCAAGUCAUAAUUAUAAGAUAAAAAGUUGAAAUUACGAGAUAGUCAUGAGAUACAAACUGCACAGUGCUGCCUUCGUCACAUGGCAGUCAGCACAUGCGCAGUUUGUAUCUCAUAAUUUAAAUCUCAUCACUGACCUAACCUCAUAAUCGAGAAUCAUAAUUUCAAUGUUUUAUCUCAUAAUUGUGACUUACCUCAUUAUUUUGACUAACGCAGCAUUGACCUUUGUCAACCUACUAAAGGUCAAAAGGACCAAUAUCCUUAAGGUUCCAAUAUCUGGCUGCUGGUCCCGGCUGACCUUUGCUGAUUGUACACUAUGUUUGAGGUUGCACUAUUUGUUUGACCUUUGGCAUACUUACAGUUGUUCAUCUACUCAACUAAUUGUUUCCUAAAGCAUUAUUUCUAUGAACUACUUGUAAUCACUCAAUCAUAAAAGAGUUAUAUUUGUACCGUACUAUAUGAAGGCACUCUGUUAAUAAUUCAAUCAAACAUCAAUGCAAACAGUUAUUUUAUCUACUUGUAAUAAAUGUUUACUCACUCAGCUAACAAGUUCAUAAAACAGUAUCAUCCUACACGUUGUCAUAAUUACAACUUUUUAUUUCUUAAUUUUGAGUGGUCUAUCUCAUAAUUUCGAUUGUUUAUCUCAUAUUUAUGACUUUUCAUCUUGUCCAUCACUUUGUGCAGCAAGCUGCUGGAGAUCUUCUGCCAGUAUUUUGCUAUGGUUUGUUGGGGGAGCAGCACCAGCAAAACGGACAUAAACCAGAUGGACAAACUGAUCCGAAAAGCCCAACCAAGUUAUCGGCACUCAGUUGGAGACGUUUGUAACAGUGAGAGACAGGAGGACACUGGACAAACUGCUCUCCAUCAUGGACAACCCACUCCAUCGAACAAGAGUGGCAGCAGCGCUCAUUCUCCAACAGACUCCUCCAGUUACGAGAGUAAACGCUACAGGACUUCAUUGAUUCCACACACCAUCCAGCUCUACAAUACCUCACCUGCCUGUAAAAGAUAAUACCACAUUAUUACGCUGUAGUCUGCCCUCCCUUGUAUAAAGUGUAUAUUCUUUUUAUUUGAUUAUAUUCUAUCCAUAUUGCAUUGCAUUUUAUUUAAGAGUGUUUGUCUUUGGACACGCCUGCCUUCAAACAAUUGUGCUGAGCAGGGGUGCUGCAAGAAAUUGUAGGUCCCAUGAGGAAAAACAUCAUAUUGGACCCUCCCGACAGCCAUCGUCACCACUUCCCUAUUUUUGACAAUGGCCCUUGGAAUUGUCCGAACGUACCCCCCCCAUACGGCACCCCUGUUGUUGAGUGUUGUAUCCCCAAAUGAAGAAAUGGAAAUACUGCAGUGUAUGGGAUUUUUUUUUUUAGUACCCUUUUGCGAAACAGAUGAAAAGAGCGUUCACAUUAUAUGCAUAUCACUUUGAACCAAUCACAUGUGUUAAAAAAAACUACCACAGUAUUCAAACAAAGAUCUAUCAUCCUUUUUAAAGCGAGGCAUCAACUCUGAUACGAUGCUGCGAUGAGCUCAGCUUCUUAUUUACACACACACGUGUUCCUCUAUGAAUAAAUUAUCCAUGCAAGCUGAGGAGGCUAUAGCCAUGAGCUGGAAGUCCUGUAUGGUGUCAUCAAGUGUCCGUCCAUCAGCGCGCUAGAUGGAAUCCAUUCCACGGGAAAAUGCAGAGGAAAAGCCCAGGCCCAUUCCUCGCUGGGUGUGAGUCUGAGAUCGAGCCAUCUCGUACUGGACGUCAAGGUUCCGAAACAUCUCCUCUUGCUUCUGGAGAGUCUUAAGACCUUCGUCAUUAAGUGGUUUUGAAGCUUCCCCGUCGUCUUCGCCCUGUCGAUACAGAAGUUGGACUUUAUGGAAAAGCUUUCCACAUUCGCUCAUCUUCUACAGCACUUGUCCGCAGUAGCGUCACAGAUAAGCUGGAGCCUAUCCCAGCUGACUUCGGGCAAGAGGCCUGGACUGCUCCCUCGUCAGUGACAGGACACAAAUACACAAACAUUCACACUCAUAAUCACACCAAUGAACAAAUUUGAGUCCACUUAGCCCAACAUGCAUGUUUAUGCUCCAAUAAAGGCCUCUAGCAUGUGAGGCUGACAAGCUAAGCACUGGUCUACUGUGUGGCCCUAACUUUUAACAUGUCACCACAUCACUCAAUGAAAAAUACUUACUUUAAUCCCCAUUAGUUUGCGAAAUUUAACAUUUUGGUCCUUGUUUCCAAAGUUCAGUUUCUCCCAUAACUCUGCCGUCUGGGACUUGUCCUUGAAAAUGAGAGACACUCUCACCAUAAAUGAGAAACAAACUCACAUAAAGACACAUUAACUCAAACUAGGAGUGUCUCAAGCCCAUAUUGAUAUUGGCCUGAUAUCAGCCAGAAAAACAAUAUCGGAUUACAAUCGUCCCUAAUCGUCGUAAUUUCCUUAGUCAUCCAUGAAAGCAGACCCAUUACCUUUGUGUUUCAGGCACACACACAGCAGCUUUGACUUUGAAAAAGAGCAACUGGCAUUUUUGCCUCUUUUGAUAUUUUGCGAAGCAAAACGCUGCAGAGAUGUGUGCAUAGAUCGUGCGCAAAGUAUGGGAUUUAGCCACUUGUACUUGUGCGGAGGAAAAUGCGUACAUUUAUGCACAACUCUUACCUCUCACACAGAAAACAGAACAGUGAAACUACAAACAGCACAGGACAUAUCAUCUUGCUUCGUGCUUCACAACCUGACCAUCA